AUGAAGAUCAGCGAUUUGGAAUCGGAAUCAUCAGGUGCUUGCUUGCUACUGUUACUUCCUGAAGAUGUAUUUGGUGUUAUCUCUCGAUUUCUUUCUCCGAACGAUAUUUUUAAUCUAAGCUUAAGCUGCAAAAGUCUCUGUGACCUUGUUGAUUCAGAGAAGAUCUGGCUUGUGCAAUGUGAAGUAGUAAAGGUUCUUCCUUUAUAUGAAAUACUCCAAUGGCGAAUCGGGAUCUCUUCUUACAAGGCGCUUUGUCGGUUUCUUGUCGAGGUUAUGAAGCCUCUUGUUGGAAUUUGGGUACACCAAAACCCUGAACUUGGGAAUGUUGUUUAUGUCAUGCCUGGUUUUUUAUCCGUUGUUGGUUGCCGGAUAAUUCCGCAAGAGGUUGGUCCUUUGGGGAUCGAGGAGGGUCGGGUUAUGUGGUCACCUGUGUUUGAGAUUAUCUGCUGUUUUGAUGGCUCUACCGGGUUUUUCCUCCAUGGAAGAGACAGAGAUGGCAGUUGUUUGUACCCUGGUUUCGUUAUGGGGAUUGAGAAGAGUUGCAAUGUGCUUUUACUCGAGGUUGAGCCGAGGCGAGAGAAGAAUUUGUGCAGUGAGAUUGAGAGUGCGUUGUUGGGAAAGAAAGAGGUUCGGUUCUCAUUUUGUAAGUUAGCGUUUAGUGAUAGAAGAAAGUUACUUGAUUUAGUGACGGGCCGUGUAGGUUUAACUGUACCUGAGCUAUCAAAUGGAAAGUUGUUUCAGAGGUCGAAAGAUGAUAAAGCAAUGUUGUUGGAACGUAGAACUAUGCUGCUUAAAAUGCACAAGUUUGGUGGGAAUUGGGAUCACAUGAAUCUGGAGGAUGAGUUGUGUAGCAUUCCAAUUCAAGUAGACAUAAACGACAUGUGGAAGAAUCUCGGCUAUGACGAUGAGAAUCAGAUACAGGGCACACAAAGGAAGAGCUUUAGUAAGUAUUUCAGAAGUCGCAUGAAGCAUAUUCUAGGGAGGUCUAGUUCAUCGAAGAACACAUCUUCGAGCAGUGAGAUUAAACGUUUGAAUCUCCAAAGCUUUCUUAGCUCUGGUGAUUCGGUAGGUCUUAGUAUUAAAGCUUCAAAGACUAAGCUGUCUUCUUACCGAGGUUGGCCAAACAUGCACGAAACCCAUUUUGCUCUCUAUAAGCUACCAAUUAAGAAUCCCGUCGAUAGCCAAGAGUAUGCUGGUUUGUGGGGAGGAACUUUUGGGUGGCCACCUGGGAAAUGCACCGAAGAUAAACCCGGCAAGGCUCUUUUCUUACUGAUGCUCACUUACGAAAAAUCUCAAGUUGAUAGUGAGAGGCUUCUUAUCGGAACGAAAAUACUUGAAGGCACUCACUAUGUGAUGCAUCCUAAUGGAUCAGCAAUGUUUGUUGUAAAUAUUGAUUCGCCUACCUUUGAGCUCUUUCCUUUUGAUACAAAUGGAGAAGAUUUCGAGCAGUCUUACACAGGAGAAGGUAUUGCAAAGGGUUAUGGUUUCCGGUAUCCUGGAUACAAACCAGGUUCCCUUUUCAUAACAUCUAAAGGUCUUCUUAUGUUUGUUUGGAAAGAAACUAAAGUUGUCUUGACAUUGCAAAGACUAAACCUUGAAGAGCUCUUGAAGAAAGGCUUGUUCGUACCGCCUUUGCCUCCAAGUCUGAAUUUUACGUAUUUGACAAAAUCUCACACCAAUGUGUUUGCCUCGGGCCGGAAAACUUGA